AUGACCGAGUCGACCGAGACGCACCCCCCCGCCGUCGACGAGACGCCCAUCUCGCCCAUCCGCCCCGACCAUGGCAGGAAGAACUCGCUCGAAAACCACUUGAUGCACCGCCCGAACCGCUCUGAGCUGGUAGACAAAAACAUUCUGCCUGAAUCCUCGGCCGCCCCGAGUAUCCAGGCUCAUCAGAGGGAGCUCCAACGGAACAUGCUCGAAGAUAAGCUCAACGACAAGAUUUCCCAUCGGCCAGACCCGGAGAAGCUUGUCAAGGAAGGCGUCCUGCGUAACGACCCCCGCACGGCCGAGGAAAAGUACGAGGAGGCUAUUGAGGAAGAGUACGCCAAGCGCGAGGGCGGUGCUUGA